GUGACACUGGCACUGCUCCGAACGAGUUAAGGCACUGUUCCUCGCCUGGAAUUGUGUGGCGACGUUUGCGACGGACAACAUGCCUGCAUGUGGUGAAUAGUUUUUUCCUUGGAAGUGCAGCGCAGCAGCGGAAUGAUUCUAUGAUUGGAAGGAGGAGACGUGUUCAUCCUAAAAGGACGAAUUCCAGUGAAACCGGACUUCUACAAUUUGAUGUCGGAAUGGAACUCCAAGCUACAUAUUUUAGUGGGUCAGAAGGCCGAAAGGGUGAUAGACACAUUUGAACAGCAGCCUGAGCGCUUGUACCAAAAAUUCGGAGUCGUUUCAGAGAUGACAACACAGGUACUUCAAUUCAAGGCUGGUCGAGAUGAGUUUGACGACGCUAUUGCAACAUCUGCUCUCCCUUUGUUCCAGUCGUUGAUAGACUCCACUGAGCAUAGUGGAACUACUUUUGUGGCUAAGUCGGCUGGAGUACCCAAGUUUUGUUGAAGCUAAAGAUCAGCAGCCUUUAGCUCGCGGCACUUGAGAACGUCGAUUCGUGAGAGGAUCAUGGACCAGUGCCGGGAAUCGCCGCAGUCGGUGGCGUGAUGAAGCUGUUCGAGGAGUCGGUCUUCUGCCUACAGCCGCAGGGAGAUUCUUUCACCCGGCGUCGACUCGAUGCUCGCCGGGUGCAUGCCGGUCUUCUUCCACCCGGACUCGGCUUACUCGCAGUUUGUGUAGUACCUCCCACGGAACCAUCACAAGUACUCGGUUUUCAUCUCCGAGAUCGAUGAGGAUUGAGAGCGUGCUCCGACAGAUCCCCGCCGAUGAAGUCCUCGGGAUGAGAGAGGAGGUGAUCCAGCUGAUCCACGCAAGACGCCUUCAACGUUGCGGUGGAGGCUGUUAUUGACAUGCGAACGGCUCUCUUGCAAGGCAAGGAUGACGACGAGCUGAAGGGGCGGAGGCUGACGAGCUUAAUGGUCCGGAGGAUUCAAUUCGGUGUUGGCAGUCUCAGGCGGGAAGAAAGAAGCAGUGAAUGGUGGCAGGCAAAGCCCCGCCGCUCCUACGCCGACGAUUGUAAAUUUCGUAGAGAAAAGGUUUCGCUAUGGAUGUGGAAGGAGGCUUAAGUGAUUUCUUCGUGCUUAAAGUUCCAGAGUUUCAGGUGAGAAAUGGAGCGUGGAUUCUUUUGAAACUCGACUUUACAAGAGUGGGAGAGAUAGGAGCACAGACUUUGAAUACGGGAACCAACUGGGUUGAAAUGCUGAUCCAUGGUUGCUGGCAUUCAAUCCAGAUUCCUUGCCUGGCUUGUCGCCAUUCAUAGCGGCUACUUCUCUUCUUUAAACGUGACACUGGCACUGCUCCGAACGAGUUAAGGCAGCUUGAAAUUGUGUGGCGACGUUUGCGACAGACAACAGGCUUGCAUGUGUGCAGUGCAGCGCAGCAGCAAAACGGGAAGUCCACCCUGGGAAACGACCGAGGAUGCACGAUGGCUUCUUGGUUUUGGAGCUGCAGUUGUGGCUGCUGGAUGGUGGUCACGGUGAUGGCUACAUGGUGCCUCGUGUUGCUGCUGGUUUCUGAGUACUGGAUCGCAUUGGACAAGGCUGCCGAGACUGAGAUUGUUGCAGCCGCCGCGUCAUACAUCAUUUCUACCAGAGAAACACCGAGCUCGAGGCUUCUUGAGAGGCGUUUGACAGCAGAUAAGCGUCAAAUAGGAGGGGUGCGAGCAGGGAAGAGGAAAACACGCUGCCGUGGAAGGUACGUCUAUAUGUACACGCUCCCUGCAAGCUUCAAUCGGGGAUUGCUGGAGCAGUGUGACAGGCUCAGCGUUUGGACGAAUAUGUGCCCCCACAUAGCAAAUGCAGGACUCGGGCAGCCUCUCAACGAUGUCGCUCUGGACCUCACGUCUCGAGCGGGGUGGUAUGCGACAAACCAGUUCUCGGCGGAGCUCAUCUUUCACGAGAGCAUGAAAGGGUACGAGUGCCUCACCAGUGACUGGAAGCGAGCAACGGCGAUUUACGUUCCGUUCUACGCAGGAUUCGAGAUGUCGAGGCACGUCGGGCAGAAGAAUGUGAGCGUGAGAGACGAGGCCGGGAAGAGACUGGGGAAGUGGCUACAGAGACAGGAACAGUGGAAAGCUUCCGGUGGCAGGGAUCAUUUCAUGGUGUCAGGCAGGAUCACUUGGGACUUUAUCCGGAGCUCGAGCAGUCCGGAGUCGUGGGGAAACAAUCUCCUGCUGCUGCCUUGGACGAGAAACAUGUCGGUUUUGCUGAUCGAGGCUCGUCCCUGGCUGCCCAACGAGCACGGGAUCCCGUAUCCGACGUACUUUCAUCCAUCGACAGCGUCUCAGCUCCAAAGCUGGCAGCAAAGGCUGAGGCACUCUUUUAGAAGCAGGAGGAGGCGGUUGAUCGGGUUUGUGGGAGCCGUGAAGGCCAAGAACUUGGUCCGGGACAGGGUUUUUGAUCAGUGCCGGAAGUCAUCGCAGCACUGCCGGAUGCUGGAUUGCCAAGGAGAGAGCGGUGGAGAGUGUCACGAUCCUCACAGGGUGAUGGAGCUGUUCUUGAGCUCGACGUUUUGCCUCCAGCCUCGGGGAGACUCUUUCACUCGGCGUUCCACUUUCGAUUCGCUGCUUGCCGGAUGCAUCCCGGUGUUCUUCAGCGAGUACUCGGCUUACAGCCAGUAUGCGUGGAACCUCCCGGCGGACAGCAGCAGCUAUUCGGUCUUGAUACCGGAGUCCGAGCUGGUGAUGGAUGGAGUGAUCGAAACAAGGCUUUUGUCGAUCGAAGUGGAGGAGAUCCAGCGCAUGCAAGAGAAGAUUGUGGAGAUGGUGCCGGAGUUGAGCUAUGCCGACCCGCGCUUCCAGGGAAGAACAGAAUUUGUCGAUGCGUUUGGAGCUGUGGUACGAGGCGUCACGAGGCUGGUAGGAGAGAAGAAGAAAAACGUCUCAUUGAGGACGAAACGUAAAAUUCUUCCGAGAUUUACGGAAGAACCCUAAAUCUCAACUGUCAUGUUCAGCUGA